UGAAGGCAACACGUCAACGACCAAUGAGGAGCGAGCGCACGGUGACGGUUACGGUGGAGAUGUAAACAAACAGAAGCAGCGCGGCCAUUACAGCAACAACCGAGUUCCAGCGAGUUGACCGUUUGUCUUCUCUGUCGUCGAAUAAAUCACCCCCGAAGACAUGAAAGACCCGAGCAUCAGCAGCGGGGGCCCGAACAUGACCACCGGCACCGAGUUGAUCCUCACCAGCCAGUUCAACGCCGAGGACGACCCGUUCGCCGAGUAUAUGUGGAUGGAGAACGAGGAGGAGUUCAACAGGCAGGUGGAGGAGGAGCUGUGGGAGGAGGAGUUCAUCGAGCGCUGUUUCCAGGAGAUGCUGGAUGAGGAGGAGGAGUGGGAGUGGUUCAUCCCGUCCAGAGAUCUCCCUUCUCAAAGCGUCAGCCAGCUGCAAGAGCAGAUCAGCCUCCUGGUCCUCGAUGGCGACAAAGACCUGGAUGUGGUGGUGACCAGCAGCUUGAACCCCAAUGCCAAGGAGUUCACCCCAGGCAUCCAGAAACAUGCCAUGUGACCUGGCUAGGCUCCUCCCUCCCCCCCAACCCUAGUCCGCACUGUGACAUCAUCACCAAGAUGUCUGCUGUAUUUUCCAGCUGCCACUCGACCUUCAGCCUGACGUGUUGCCAAAGUUCUGCGCUCGCAUGUCUUCACAGUUACAGGUGUGCGUGUGUGUGUGCGUGUGUGUGUGCGUGCGUGUG